GCGAGUAACCAUUUGAUGACGAUACUUAUUACUUGUCAACUUUGAUCGCUUUAAAAUAAUGGGAAAUUUUUUAUUAUAGAAAAAGGAAGGAAGGCUAUUUCGUAAAAAAUUCAUCAUGUUUUAUCAUGCAGGAAGUUCCUAACGAGACAUUCGCAUCGAUCUCGCGUCGUUUAAUAGGCGCCCACCAAGAGCUAUGAAUGACUUGCUAGCGCCCACGUACUUCUUGUGCUGCAGCAUAGUAAUAAACAAAAGGCAAAAAAAAGAAACUCAAGGGGAAUAUGUGCAAAAGGCGGAAACGUCGAAUCAUCAAACAAUACCCGGAGCCAGAUAACACUACGAGGCGUGGACGAGUAAAUAGGUGGGGAAGACACGAGACAGACACGAUGUGCAGAAUAAAUACUGCCCUGAAAUCGAGCGGAAUUCAGUCGCACGCUUAGUGUACUAACGACGUUAACUCUAGUCUGACCAUUGUGGAGGUCCUUGGUCACUUCAUCGUUUGGCAUCACCUUGUCAAUUGAUUAAUUAGUAGCACCUCGACACCGCAGGACUCUCGAUCAUCAGUUUGUAAUUUGCCAUCGAACUCACACAGAUCUACUGCAAAAUUUUGUUAUGGAGCUCAAGCAAGCCACGAUUCUACUGAGUCAAUAUUUAUUCAUCUCUACAUUCGUGACCAUCGCGGCCGCCACUUUUUUUGGUCUAGGCGCAACGACCCCCGAAGCAGGCAACCCGCAACAAUUUGAUGUUUACUGGAACGUGCCCAGUUUCAUAUGUCACAAAUAUGGCGUGAAAUUUGAGAAUCUCAAGAAUUUUGGAAUUCAUCAAAAUGCGAAUGAUGAGUUUCGCGGUGAAGAGAUCGUGAUUCUUUAUGAUCCUGGAAUGUUUCCGGCACUAUUAUCCGAUAAAAAUGGAACUGUAACGAAAAGAAACGGUGGCGUUCCUCAAGAAGGUGAUUUGAAGGAGCAUCUCGAGAUAUUCCGGAAGCAUUUGAUCAAGCAAAUUCCUGACGAGUCAUUCAACGGCAUCGGUGUGAUAGACUUUGAGAGCUGGCGACCGAUCUUCCGACAAAACUGGGCCUCCCUCGAACCUUACAAGACUCUAUCCAUAAAAUUAGAACGUGAGAAGCAUCCUAUUUGGAGCGACGCGGCCAUUAAGAAGGAAGCGAAGCGUCGUUUCGAGAAAUAUGGCAGAAUAUUUAUGGAGGAAACCCUGAAGAUAGCUAAGAAACUUCGGCCUAAAGCCACCUGGGGUUACUACGGUUAUCCGCAUUGCUUCAAUUAUACUCCUGGCCAACGUACCGCGCAUUGCAGUCAUCAGACUAUGGUAGAAAACGACGAAAUGUCUUGGCUUUUCACACUCGAGGACGUGCUCAUGCCUUCCUUGUACUUAAGACAAGAGAUCAGGGAGAUGGAUCGGAUGGGUUUUGUGAAGGGCAGAGUGUCGGAGGCAUUGCGAAUGACGGAGAAGAGCAAACGACAAGUUCUUCCGUAUUAUUGGUUCAAGUAUCAAGAUCAUAGAGAUAUCUUUCUUAGUAAGGAAGAUACGGAGAACACGAUCAACACGAUUGCCAGCCUCGGUGCCAACGGUAUGAUCAUUUGGGGCAGCUCCGAAGAUACAAACACGGAGGAGAAGUGCAAGAAUCUGCAGCAAUAUGUGAAAGAUGUCUUAGGGCCGGCCAUAAAGCGAAUCAAGCAGCAAUAAUGAAUUUAUUGAUUUAGAAGUGACGAUUGCGCAUGUUCAACUAACAGUACAAAUGGCGGUUUUAUUUAUAUAUAAUCAUUAAUUCAAAUUUUAGCUUCGCAGUUCCUAAUAAGAUCUGACAUAUUUAUGUUUUCAAACAUUUUUAGAUA